UCACCGCCGAGGGGAGCGAGGGGCGGGGAGAGGAGACGGUGCGCUCCGGUCGGCGAUGAGCUAGGAGCUUCGUGACCGACCCCUCCAAGACUGGACACACGCGCCGCGGCGUUGUCAUGGCGACGGUGUGGGCCGCCGCACUGCUUCUGCUGUUGGGUCUGGUGCCGGUGACCCUGGGUCAGGUCAACUGCCCGCCGCGCUGCCUGUGCUUCCGCACCACCGUGCGCUGCAUGUUCCUGGGCCUGAAGCAGCUGCCGCAGGUGCCUGCCUCCACCACAAUCCUGGAUCUCAGGUUCAACGAGAUCGAGCACCUGCCACCGGGCAGCUUUCUGCGCAUGCGCAACCUCAACACACUACUCCUCAACAACAACAAGAUCGGCCAGCUGAACAAGGGCACGUUCGCGGGGCUGGACGACCUGCGCUAUCUAUAUAUGUACAAAAAUAGGAUACGCCACAUUGAUAGCGAGGCUUUCCACGAUAUGCCGAAGCUAGAACAACUGUACCUGCAUUACAAUUACAUUGAGGAUGUCAGCGCGGAAACGUUCAGCAACCUACCGUCCAUCGAGCGCCUGUUCCUGCACAACAACAAGCUGCAGCGGAUACCCUACGGCGCAUUCAGCAACCUGACCUCCCUGAAGCGACUACGGCUAGACAGCAACGCUCUGAUCUGCGACUGCCGCAUGCUGUGGCUGGCGCACAUGCUGAAGGAGCACGCGUCGCGGUCGGUAGCCAGUGCCACCUGUCAGGAGCCGGCCGAACUAAACGGCCGCAGUAUAGCCGACAUCGAGGAUCAAAUGCUGCGGUGCUCGGCGCCCCAGCUCACAGAGCAGCCACGCAACGUAGUCAUCACGUUCGGCAAGACAGCUUACUUCCACUGCGAGGCGGAUGGCGAGCCGCAGCCCGACAUCGUCUGGCUGCACAACAGGAACGAGCUCGACCCGGAGAAUAUGGAGGCCGGCUACCAGAUCCUGGAGGAUGGCACGCUGAUGGUGGAGCCGUCCAGCGACCCGGACGCCGUGUUUGAGUGCAUGGCCAAAAACCAAAUGGGGCAGGUGAAGUCGCGGCCGGUGACGGUGCGUUACGUGCCCUCCUCGCCGCAGCAGGACGACGGGAUGCCGCACCCGGGAGCGCCCGAGGAGGCGCCGCUCCCACCACCCCCGCCGCCCGCCAGUCCCCAGGAGUCGCGAGGAGGAGCUCGCCAAGGAGGAGGAGGAGGAGCGGCCGGCGCGGCGCGAGCGCCAGAGCUACUACGACCGGCGGAGCCGCGUGCUCGACAGCAGGAACCGCGAGGACAACCGACUGACGACCCAGCGGCGGCCGUUCCAGCUGCCGGGCCGCACCAGGGAGGACAACCUGGCCACACACAGCGCGACGCGUCACAGCUGGACGUGCACGUGGGCGUGGGUGACGUGGCCGAGCUGGUGUGCGUGGUCGACGGCUACCCGACGCCGGAGCUGCUCUGGCUGAGAGGCGGCAACGCCAUCACCACCCAGACGCCCCGCUACCGGCUGCGGUUCGCGGCGCGCGAAGCCAACCUGACUAUCAUCAACGUGCAGCCGCAAGACGCCGGCGAGUACCUCUGCUCGGCGUCCAACCGGCUGGGGCGCGUGUCGUCGCCGGCGCAGCUGGUGCUGCAGAGCGGGGUGCUGCGAAUCUCCAACUUGCAGCACCACGACGCGGGCACGUACACGUGUGAGGCCAGGAACGAGGCGGCCGUAGCCAGGGAGGAGGCCGAACUCGAUGUCAGCGGCCAUAUCAGCUGGAGGAGGGUCGGCGGCAACCUGUUCGCCGACGGACGUCACAGUGCCACGACGGACGGAGCCUUGACCCUGAGGACCCUGACCGCCCAGGACGGCGGCAUUUACGAGUGCAACGUCGACAACGGCGUGGGCCACGCUGUGGCUACCACACACCUGGCCGUCGCCGCUGCCCAGACGUCGUCCGCCCGUCCCGGAGACCAGUUCGUCAGCCAGAGCGCGGCAGAAGCGACGCGCGAUGUCGAGAUCGCGCUGAACCGCACCCUGCGCCAGCUGUUCUCACAGCCGCGCCACCAUCGCCGCACGCCGCACGAGCUGCUGCAGAUCUUCAGGUUCCCCACGGACGAGGCGCUGGACCAAGCGCGCGCUGGCGAGAUCUUCGAGCGCGCCCUGGAGCUGGUCAAGCGGCUGGUGGAAUCCGGAUCCCGUUUCAACCUCACGACAUACUCUUACUCGGACCUGCUAUCGCCGGGCCAGAUGGAGCGGCUGCGCGACCUCUCCGGCUGCUCGUCCCACCGGCGCCGCCUCAACUGCAGCAACAUCUGCUUCCACAGCCGCUACCGCAGCGCCGACGGCACCUGCAACAACCUGCAGCAGCCGCUGUGGGGCGCCUCGCUGGUCGGCUUCCGCCGCCUGCUGCCCGCCCAGUAUGAAAACGGCUUCAAUACGCCCCGAGGAGCCGACCGAUCCUCCCGAUACAACGGCUUCCUGCUGCCGAACCCACGCCUGGUCAGCUCGCGGCUGGCCGCCACCGACGUCAUCACCGAGGACACCGAGUUCAGCGCCAUGCUGAUGCAGUGGGGGCAGUUCGUGGACCACGAUAUGGACCACGCGCUGCCCGCCUUCAGCGAGGUCAGCUUUGAUGGCCAGCACGAGUGCGACAGCACGUGCCAGAAUGUGGCGCCGUGCUUCAACAUCGCCAUCCCGCCGGGGGACCGGCGCCAGGGCCAUCACCGCUGCAUGCGACUGGUGCGCAGCUCGGCGGCCUGCGGUUCCGGCUCCACCUCCGUCUUCGGCCACCAGCUGAUGCCGCGCGAGCAGAUCAAUGGACUCUCCAGCUUCAUCGACGGCAGCAUGAUAUACGGCAACACGGAGACGCAGGCGCACCACCUGCGAAACCUGAGCUACCCGUCGGGUCGGCUGAGGAACGGCAUCUUCUCUCGCCCGCACCGGCCGUUCAUGCCCUUCAACGACGGCGUGCCGGUGGACUGCCAGCGCGACCAGGCGGACCGCAGCGACAUCGGCUGCUUCAUGGCGGGAGACGUGCGCGCCAACGAGCAGCUGGGCCUGUCGGCCAUGCACACGGUCUGGCUGCGCGAGCAUAACCGCGUGGCGGACGAGCUGGCGCGCCUUAGCCCGCAUUGGCACGGCGAGGAGCUGUACCAGGAGGCGCGCCGCGUGGUGGGCGCCCAGAUCCAGCACAUCACCUACCGCCACUGGCUGCCGCUGGUGCUCGGCCCGGACGGCAUGCGCCAGCUCGGUGACUAUGCCGGCUACGACCCGACCGUCGAGCCGACGAUCAGCAACGCCUUCGCCACGGCCGCGUUCCGGUUCGGCCACGGCCUGGUGGGGCCGGUGCUGCACCGGCUCAACGAGACGUUCCAGCCGAUCCCGCAGGGCAAUCUGCCGUUGCACCGGGCUUUCUUCGCGCCCUGGCGGCUGGUGCAGGAGGGCGGCGUGGACCCCAUCCUGCGCGGUCUGUUCGCCAGCCCGGCCAAGGUCCACACGCCCGACCAGCUGCUGAACGCCGAGCUGACCGAGAAGCUCUUCUCGCUGCACCACCAGGUGUCGCUCGACCUGGCCGCCAUCAACAUGCAGCGCGGCCGCGACCACGGCCUGCCCGGCUACAACGCCUGGCGCCGCCACUGCGGCUUGCGCGCCGCCGCCAGCUUCGCCGACUUCGCGCGCGAAAUCCGCAGCGCGCGCGCCCGCGACGAGCUGCGCCAGCUGUACGGUCACCCGGACAACGUGGACCUCUGGAUCGGCGGCAUGCUGGAGGAGCACGCGCCCGGCGCCAAGAUGGGGCCGACGUUCGUCUGCCUGCUGGCCGACCAGUUUCGCCGGCUCCGCGACGGCGACCGGUUCUGGUACGAGGCGGCCGGCGUGUUCACGCCCGGCCAGCUGGCGCAGCUGAAGCAGACAAACCUGGCGCGCAUUCUCUGCGACAACGGCGACGCGCUGCACCAGGUGGCGCGUGAUGUGUUCCGCGUGCCCGAGCGACAGUCGCCGCGCAUCAUCGACUGCGAAAGCACGCCGCAGGUCGACCUGCGCAUGUGGGUCGACUGCAAGAGUUGCCGAGGCGAGGAUUGUUCAGCGGAGGGAGCGCGGCCGGGCCGAGCACGCCGCUCCGUGCUGCUCUCCACCCACAACCACCUGACGGACCCGGCUCCGGCUCCGGCUCCGGCUCCGUCUCCGGCCCCGGCCGCGGCUCCGACUUCGGUUCCGGCUCCGGCGGUGGCCGAUAUUUACCACAUGGAGGACGUGACUGAGGAGCGCAUCCAGGGCCUGGAGGAGGUGAUGGCGCGCAUGCACCGCUCGCUGGUGCGCAUGAGAAAGCAGCUGCGCCGGCUGCAGCAGAGUGAGCUGGGGCGCCGCCAGCAGAGACGGAGGCACCGGCGGCUGACGGCGCCCGGCCGGUCCAGGCCCGGCCGGGACUCUCGGUCGUAGCCGGCGCGCUGCCAGACCGGACGGGCAGUCCGACCCUGUGAUACUCUCCCGGAGCGGUCCGAGCUGGCGCCCCGGCUCGAGACGAACCCCUCACUGCCAGCUGCCGGCCGCGCCGCGCUGCCUGAACCGCGCGGCCGCCGCCAGCCGCGACUCCGCUCCCUGCCGCCAGGGGCGCUGCUUACAGUGCCGGCUCGUGCCGGUGUCAGCUGAUGCGAGCUUUCUCGCCUCACAACGCGCACGUCCGAUGGUGCACUCAGCAAGAUAUAAAUGCUUACGAUACUAAUGUAGGAUUAAUAUACUGAUUUUUUCAA